UAGACAAGGACGUCGUAGUCAAUUCUGGUGAAAGUGCACUUGAUUCUGUUCCUUCAAAGUAAAAUUCUUCAACUUUAUGAAGUUGAGGUGGCUUGGUGCCCAAUGAUGGUGGUGGCUUAGUGCCAAAUGGUUGAGUUGUUGCGCCUAUUUUGGUUAGGAGAAUUGAAGUUGUUUUAAACUCUGUUGACGAUGAAACUGCUUUUUGAUAAAACCAUUUAACCUCAUAUCCUGGAGGUGGUUUUGUGCCCAGUACAGGUGGUGGCUUGGUACCAAAUGAGAAAGGUGUUGUGUCUAACCGAUUAAAGUAAAAUUCUUUGACUUUAUACUGUUUGGGAGGCUUGGUGCCAAAUGGUUGUGGAGGCUUUGUGCCAAAUUUUGAAAAUGAAAUCAUAUCAGAAUUAGAUUUAGGUGAAGCUGUGGUUGGAGGUAAAGGUCCUGUAGUCAAUGAAGAUGUGGUGCCAGACUCUUCUGGAAAUAGAGGCAUGGUUGAGUAAGAUUCUAAAGGAGCUAGAGGCAUGGUUGAGUCAGAUUCUGAUGGAAAUAAAGGCAUGGUUGAGUCAGAUUCUGAUGGAGCUAGGGGCAUGGUUGAGUCAGAUUCUGAUGGAAAUAAAGGCAUGGUUGAGUCAAAUUCUGAAAGAGCUAGAGGCAUGGUUGAGUCAAACUCUGAUGGAAAUAAAGGCAUGGAGGAGUCAGAUUCUGAAGGAGCUAGAGGCAUGGUUGAGUCAAAUUCUGAUGGAAAUAAAGGCAGGGUUGAGUCAGAUUCUGAAGGAGCUAGAGGCAUGGUUGAGUCAAAUUCUGAUGGAAAUAAAGGCAUGGUUGAGUCAGAUUCUGAAGGAGCUAGAGGCAUGGUUGAGUCAAGUUCUGAUGGAAGUAAAGGCAUAAUUGAGUCAGAUUCUAAAGGAGCUAGAGGCAUGGUUGAGUCAAAUUCUGAUGGAAAUAAAGGCAUGGUUGAGUCAGAUUCUGAAGGAGCUAGAGGCAUGGUUGAGUCAAACUCUGAUGGAAAUAAAGGCAUGGUUGAGUCAGAUUCUGAAGGAGCUAGAGGCAUGGCAGAGUCAAAUUCUGAUGGAAAUAAAGGAAUGGCUGAGUCAGAUUCUGAAGGAGCUAGAGGCAUGGCAGAGUCAAAUUCUGAUGGAAAUAAAGGCAUGGUUGAGUCAGAUUCUGAAGGAGCUAGAGGCAUGGUUGAGUCAAACUCUGAUGGAAAUAAAGGCAUGGUUGAGUCAGAUUCUGAAGGAGCUGGAGGCAGGGUUGAGUCAAACUCUGAUGGAAAUAAAGGCAUGGUUGAGUCAGAUUCUGAAGGAGCUAGAAGCAUGGUUGAGUCAAAUUCUGAUGGAAAUAAAGGCAUGGUGGAGUCAGAUUCUGAUGGAAAUAAAGGCAUGGUUGAGUCAAAUUCUGAUGGAAAUAAAGGCAUGGUUGAGUCAGAUUCUGAAGGAGCUGGAGGCAGGGUUGAGUCAAACUCUGAUGGAAAUAAAGGCAUGGUUGAGUCAGAUUCUGAAGGAGCUAGAGGCAAGUCGGAUCCUGUAAACAAUGAAGGUGUAGUUGAGUCAGAUCCAGUAGACAAUGAAGGUGUAUUUGAGUUAGAUCCAGUAGACAAUGAAGGUGUAUUUGAGUCAGAUCUAGUAGACAAUGAAGGUGGAGUUGAGACACAUCCAGUAGACAAUGAAGGUGUAUUUGAGUCAGAUCCAGUAGACAAUGAAGGUGGAUUUGAGACACAUCCAGUAGACAAUGAAGAUCCAGUAGACAAUGAAGAUGUAGUACAGACAGAUCCAGUAGACAAUGAAGAUGUAGUUGAAGCUGAAGUAGGUAGUGAAGGCCCAUUAUUAGGUGCUCAAAAAAGGCUUGAAGUUGUAAUUAAGUCAGAUCCAGUAGACAAUGAAAGUGUAGUUGAGUCAGCUUCAGUAGACAAUGAAGGUGUAGUUGAGUCAGAUCCAGUAGACAAUGAAGAUGUAGUUGAGUCAGAUCCAGUAGACAAUGAAGAUGUAGUACAGACAGAUCCAGUAGACAAUGAAGAUGUAUUUGAGUCUGAUCCAGUAGACAAUGAAGAUGUAGUUGAGUGA